GUAGAAAGUCCACGUUCAAUAAAUAACUUAUUAAAAUAUAUAUGCAUUUGAAUGCUAUGAAAUUAUAAUGAGUUCUUUAAUUACGUUUUUAUGUAUAAUAAUUAAUUUAAAAAAAUUGCUUAAUUUUAUGUUGCACCGAUACCUGUUUUGACAUAGGACUCUGAUACUGAUUCUGCAUAUAAUAUUAUUAUUUUUCAGUCAGUGUCAAUCUUUGAGCUGCGUUAAAGUGCUCAAUGACAAACAUGUCCCAGCUUCCAUUUCGCUUCACUGCAAAAGAAAUAAUAGAACAAGGCAGAACCACACAAGAAAAUCUAGACAUUAUCAAGACAUGGCUGUCGGAUUUGCCGGAUCAUUCCAUUCCAGCAGUUCAAGACGAAAUGAUAGUGAUAUUUUUAAUAUCAUGUGAUAAUGAUAUUAAAUUAACACAGCACACUAUCACUAUGUAUUACAAAUGCAAAAAAGAUGCACCGGAACUUUUUAAUGAACGAGAUUUUGAGAGGGAGGAUAUUGCAAAAGCUUUGAAUACUGUAACUGUUAGUAAUAUGCCAGUACGAACCGAAGAAAAUUAUGCUAUUCAUUAUUUGAAUAUAAAGGAUCCAUCUUACAGGGCGUUUGAUUUGGGCCCUAUAAUGAAACUCUGCUAUAUGCUGGUGGAUCUUUCGAUUAAUAGUAGUAAUGUACCAAAUGGACUUGUCAUUGUUUUCGACAUGAAUGGGAUCGGUUUAAUGCACCUUACAAGACUAAAACUUGACAUCAUAAGGAAAUACUUUGAAUUCCUCCAAGAAGCUCUUCCGAUACAAUUGAAAGGAAUUCAUAUUAUAAACACUGUGUACUUUUUUGAUAAAAUUAUGUGCAUAAUUAAGGUGUUUAUGAAAAAGGAACUUAUAGAAAUGUUGCAGCUCCAUCCUCCAGAUUUAGCCCAAGAAGAACUUUUUUCUUUGAUGCCCAAAAAUUGCUGGCCAGAAGACUAUGGUGGGGAUUUGCCUUCCUGCAGCGAGCUGCACGAAAAUACUCUAAAAGAAUUUGCUGAAGAACGAGAAUUUUGGAGAAUAGAACAGGAAAUUCGUUCUCGGUUUUAACAGGUCAUAACAAAAUAAUUCUUUAGAAUUUGAAUUCUGUUCAAUAAAAUGUUCUAAUUAUACUUUCUA